AUGCAGUCCCUCGCUCUCCUCCUCCCUCUCGCAGCCGCGGCCACCGCCGUGGGCGUCACCGAGAUCGCGAAUAUCACCCUCGUCGCCAACUCCAGCAUCGCAGUGUUCGACGUGGCCACGCAGGUGAUUCUCCAGCAGCCGGGUGCCCUCACAGUGCGCACCUCCCGCCUGGUCGAGAACGCGGACAGCUUCCGCAUGUUCGUCGACUGGGAGUCAGUCGAAGCGUGCCAAGCUUUCGCCAACAGCCAGUCGUACGAGGAGAUCUCCCACAAGGUCAGCCCCGUCAUCGCCGCGACGCCGGUAACCUACAACGUGGAGCUGUCGCCUUUCCCGCCCUUCGUGUUCAACAACGACGAGGGACAGGGAGUCUACACCGAGGCGCGCAAGGCCAACGUGACACAGGCAGUCAUGAACUUUCUGAACCAGACCAAGGACACUGCCGAAGGAUUCACCGGGCAGACAGCAAUGGGGUGGGUCGUGGAGGGGGAGGAGAUCCCUUACAACGGCACGUCCUGUCGAGUCUUCGUGCUCGGAGUUGGCUGGGAAAGCGUCGCGGACCACGAAGCUUGGAUGGAGACGGAUGCCUAUAAGGAGUACAUCCCGGAGCUAUGGGCUCUGGACGGUCUGCUUGGGAUUGAGUUGCGUCACGUCAGCAACAAGGUUGUCCAUGCUGAGGCAUAG